GCUGGGGCUGCGGGGCGGCGCCGGGACAGGAAGCGGAAAGCAGCAGAGAGCAGCGGCCGCGGCGGGGCUGUGCCUCCACUGCAGCCCAGCGCAGGCCGCGGAGCCGGGGCGCUUCAGCCGAGAGCGUGGAGCGCGGCGGGCUGGCGCCGGGAGUCCUGUUGAAGAGUAGCGGCUCUGAGUCCCACAAGGCCUUCAGAGCUAGUGGGUGAGACUGCUCCUGGGAGAACAGCCCCGCUCCUUCAUCAGAGGAAGCUUGCCGUUGCUAUGGAUACCGAAUCCACUUAUUCUGGAUAUUCCUACUACUCAAGCCAUUCAAAAAAAUCUCACAGGCAAGGGGAAAGAACAAGAGAAAGACACAAAUCACCACGGAAUAAAGAUGGCAGGGGGUCAGAAAAGUCUGUCACCAUCCAGGCUCCCACUGGAGAGCCCUUGCUGGCGAAUGACUCUGCCCACACAGGCACAGAGGAAGUUCAGGAUGACAACUGGGGAGAGACCACCACAGCCAUCACAGGCACCUCAGAGCACAGUAUAUCCCAAGAGGACAUUGCCAGGAUUAGCAAGGACAUGGAGGACAGUGUGGGGCUGGAUUGCAAGCGCUACCUGGGCCUCACCAUUGCCUCGUUCCUCGGACUACUCGUCUUCCUCACCCCCAUCGCCUUCAUCCUGCUACCCCAGAUCCUGUGGAGGGAGGAGCUGAAACCCUGUGGCGCCAUUUGUGAGGGACUUCUCAUAUCUGUAUCGUUCAAACUGCUUAUCCUGCUCAUCGGAACCUGGGCGCUUUUCUUCCGCAAGCAAAGAGCGGAUGUGCCGCGGGUGUUUGUGUUCCGAGCGCUGUUAUUGGUCCUUAUCUUUCUUUUUGUGGUUUCUUAUUGGCUUUUUUAUGGGGUCCGCAUUCUGGACUCCCGGGACCAAAAUUACAAGGACAUCGUGCAAUAUGCAGUCUCUCUCGUGGAUGCGCUGCUUUUCAUCCACUACCUUGCCAUCGUCCUGCUGGAACUGAGGCAGCUGCAACCCAUGUUCACACUGCAGGUGGUCCGCUCCACCGACGGAGAGUCCCGCUUCUACAGCUUGGGACACUUGAGCAUCCAGCGAGCAGCCUUGGUGGUUCUGGAAAAUUACUACAAGGACUUCACUAUCUAUAACCCGAACCUCCUAACAGCAUCCAAAUUCCGAGCAGCCAAGCACAUGGCUGGCCUGAAAGUCUACAAUGUAGAUGCUGCCCUUAUGGCCAAACUGAAACUUUGUGUAGCAGAUGGGCCCAGUAACAAUGCCACUGGUCAGUCCCGAGCCAUGAUCGCUGCAGCAGCUCGGCGCAGGGACUCCAGCCACAACGAGUUGUAUUAUGAAGAGGCCGAACACGAGCGGAGGGUGAAGAAGCGGAGAGCGAGACUGGUGGUGGCUGUGGAAGAAGCCUUCAUCCACAUCCAGCGCCUCCAGGCUGAGGAGCAGCAGAAGUCUCCAGGGGAGGUGAUGGACCCCAGAGAGGCGGCUCAGGCCAUCUUCCCCUCCAUGGCCAGGGCGCUGCAGAAAUACCUGCGCACCACCCGGCAGCAGCACUACCACAGCAUGGAGAGCAUCCUGCAGCACCUGGCCUUCUGCAUCACCAACAGCAUGACCCCCAAGGCUUUCCUUGAACGAUACCUCAGUGCAGGCCCCACCUUGCAGUAUGACAAGGAUCGAUGGCUCUCGACACAGUGGAGACUUAUUAGUGACGAGGCUGUGACGAACGGGUUACGGGAUGGAAUUGUUUUCGUCCUUAAAUGCUUGGACUUCAGCCUCGUGGUCAAUGUGAAGAAAAUCCCAUUCAUAGUUCUCUCAGAAGAGUUCAUAGACCCUAAAUCUCACAAGUUUGUUCUUCGCUUACAGUCCGAGACAUCAGUCUAAAAUUUCUAUGCUUGUGGCUUUAUGGAAAACAAAAGAAGAAUAUAUAAAUAUAUAUAUAUAUGUGUGUGUAUGUCCAGGGGGAAGUUCUUUUAUAAAGAUUUUUUUUAAUUCUUCAAUGCUGACUCAAACUGGCAGAGGAUAGACCAGUAUCCUUCAACCAUCUGCACUUUAUUUGGAAGAAAGCAGAUGUCUACCCCGACAAGCAACUGGUGGCAUCUGACUUAACUAGAUAGGACUUCUGAAGAAGCUGUUCCCCAGAGUUUUUGUGACAGCUGUAAACCAAAGUGUAGCUGCUGUGUCCUCGGGAGCCAUGCCUUACAACUGUCCCUGCCUGCGGCCCAGUACCACACCCAUCUGUACUUCUGGUCAACCCCUUCAUAGAUUCUAGGGGACUUACUUUAUUCUGCUUCAGGAAAUCAGACACUACACACUCAUGUGUGUGUUUGUAUGCAUAAUUAUCCACAUCACCACAGCACCCUGGGGAGUGGUGGGCAGUCCAGGAAAUGUCCACCCACCCGAGUCUUUGUUCUUUGCUGCCUUACAUUGGCGAAGAGAAAGAAAGGACCCGACAGAAAAUGUUCACUGCUGGUUUACAGCUGUUAAGUGAUUGGCUUUCCAUUUUCCAGAGAGAGAGCCUACCUGCCCUGUUUCUGGCUCUGCUCCUCUGUUGGCCUGAGGCACGUAGCCGUUCCUUAGCCCUAGGACUGCCUACCCAGGCUUCACUCUGUACCCACUCUCCUGAGCAUCUGGACCAUGGCCGCACCCAGUGGGCAGCUCUGGCCAGGCUAGAUUGGCCCUCCAGAACUGACAGGGACUUGGCUUGUCCCUUUGGACAAGCUCUUUGCACAGCCCCUCCCACAGCUUUGUCUGGAGAGGUAGGAUAUGACCCUGGGGAUCCAUUCACCUGCAGCCCCUCCUUUAGGUUGCAGCAGUAACCCAUCCACCCAAUCCUCCUUAGCCCUGCUUCACACAAAUCAGGAGAGACCAAUAUUGUGACUCCCAGUUGGCAGAUGCCCCUUGUAGCCAUCCAGUUUCCCAGGGAGACAAGUAUUCACAAAGCUCGUGUGCCAAGCUGUCCUGCCCCGGGAAACCAAACAAUGCCCACCACCUUGGCAACUGCUGUCCCAUCCCUAUGGUUUGUGACUACCACCACUGUGCAACUUACUGCCAGGAAAAGGAUCACUCUGCCCUUGUCGUAUACAUUGCCCCUGAUUGUUGGUCAGGGAGAGAGGGGAAAGAGUUCUGCAGAGCUGGGGAAGGGAGAGUAGGGAGCCAGUGGUGCAGUCCAGAAGGCCCCUCUGUUAGCAUGUCAUAGCUGGUUACAGAGAACUAUCCCCUUAAUGUCCCAUUUGGAAACAUAGCUGCCUCCUGGCAGAGCCCUGUGCAGGGCAGUGCCCAGGGAGCUAUUUCCUGACACCUUGAGGUGGGCUGUCCUGGUCUUUGCUUGCCGUAUCCGAAGCAGUGCUCCACCAAGUGCUCUUUCCUUUCCCGGCUUCAGGGACCUCGGUUCAGGAAAGGAGAAGGCCGUUAUCGCGUCUGUGCCUGUAUACACGUACCAUUCCCAUUUACGCAUUCCACAAAGCACAUGCUCUUGUCUGUCAUUAAAAAAGAUCCAAAUUGGCGUGGGAUAUUUGUGAUACACCUGUGCUUGGAAAAGCCAACGUUAUUCUUUGUUCGGUAACACUUUAGUUCAGAACGAUGUGCUGGAGAAGGAAGAGGAACCCGUGGACGAGGCACAGUCAGGAUGCCCCGUGUUAACAGGGUGGCUCUGAGACACACACACACACAGAGUGUAACCAGGUCUUAGUUCUUUCCCUUUAGGUCCCUUCUACUGGAAUUUGCUCAGGAUGUCUUUCUCAGGAAAUACUUUAGGAGAUAAGGUAAGGGGUGGGCAGUCUGUGAGAGACUGGCUAUGUGUGAGGGUAAUGUCACAGCAUAGCUGCACUGCCACAAAUACCAUUCAGUUGUUAAGUGCCAUAAAUGUAAAUAGCGUAGAGCUAAAGGCAACACUAGUCAGCAUUUUAAAAUCCUGUGCUUCCAACCCUGUCUUAAAUUAUGGGUCUUAAAGGAGUUCAUUGGAGUGGUGUGUUGGUGUAUGCAUUCCCAGCAGGGCAAAGGAAGGUUUAAAUUAAGGAAUUAAUUUAUUUUCCCGCCUGACCCCUCUCUGUCUACUUUGCAUAGAACUUUGGACUUCCUGAAAUUAUUGUUUUGGUUGUAAAUUGAAUAUCGAUUUUUUUCCCCCAAAACUCUUAAGUUUGCAUCGAUUCCUGAAGGAAAAACAAAAAUCAAAAGCGGGAUCCUUCAAAGUCUUUGUGCUCCCAGCAUUUUUCCAGCCCGAGUCGAAGUGGGAACUGACAGUGUAAAAGGAAAUGUGAAGUUGCCGAAAGCCACAGCACACAAUUGAAGACGAUAAAUUUUUAUUUGAUUUCAUGAACCCUCAUAGCCUACUCUUUUUAAAGAAUGUAAAUUGCUCCCCAAGGCUGGUAGGAUGCAGGAUCCUAUUAGAGGACACAGGAUUCCAUUACCUUAAAUGUUUAUAGAUUUUUUUCCCCUAUAACUUUCCACCUAAGUUAUUAAAAUUCUAACAUUAACUGUGAAAGAACUCAAUGAAGGGUGUAGGUCUGAGAUUGCUGUCUUCCCCCCGGUGAUUUUCAUUAUCUGCAAAAGUAGACAACUUUUGUUCAGGGAAAAAAAAAAGAGCAGUCCUUAAUAGUACUCGAAUUGAAUGUUCAAGAAGUCUGCACCGCGGGAGUUAGAAUAGAUUUUAAGGUUAUAAGGCUCACCUUAGAUUAUCCAUGGAGUUAAAAAUGUUUUGGCUGAAGUUCACAAAGUAAGCCCAGAGAAAAUGCUUAAGUUGUCCCCACUUGAAUUUCUCUGAGUGUGUGUUGCUGUGUUUGCACGCUGGCAGUCAUGACAUCCAUGUGACCAGUGACAGGUCAUUGUGUGUCUCGUUUGUACAAGUGUGUAUGGCCGAGCCUGUGGCUCUCUACAUGUCUUCCUCAGGGCUGGAUCCUUGUCUGUACUCUCCUGUAUCCCUCAUCCUGGCUUCUCCUUGAGGAGCUGUCUGUGGUGUCUGUUGUCAGCUUGCAGGCACGCCCAUUCAUUUCUUUCUUGCAUAGAGAUCUCUAUGACCUACAAACAGUGAGGAACAAGACAAAAAAGGGCAAACUCUAUGGGGGGGGCGGGGUUACUAUUCAAACUUCACUGCCCUGGAAGCCCCUGUGCGUUUAGUUAAUGUAACUUUAAAAAGAAACAAACAAUGAUUGGUUGUUGCAACUGACAGGGAGAUCUGCAUUUGAAGAGUCCCACAGCAGAGACCCUGCUAUUAUAACCUAUUUCUGGGUAAUGUUUGCUCCUUGCGGAUCUUGUCACACCAGAAAAACAAAUAAAUAAAUCACUACUGUGAACUUACUAGUAUGUAACCUUAUCAUAUCCCAUUAUAAAUAAAACAUGCCUCGUUUUUAA